GAAGUCUUCUAACCUAAUACUGGUAGGAGUCAUUCAUUGAAGUUAUUUUGAAUGUAGAGUCGUUCCUGGUGUGAGGAAGGACGCCAGCAUGGCGGUUAGAUUGAGGGAACUGAUCAGGAGCGUCAGGCAGUGCAAGACAGCAGCCGAGGAACGCAACGUUAUUGCGAAAGAAAGUGCUGCCCUCAGAAAUGCGUUUCAGGAGCAGGACGUCACUUACAGACACAGAAAUGUGGCCAAGCUCAUGUACAUACAUAUGCUUGGAUACCCUACGCAUUUCGGCCAGAUGGAGACCCUGAAGCUGAUUGCAGCGACCGGCUUUGCUGAGAAGAGGAUGGGCUACCUGGGGCUUAUGAUCCUGCUGGACGAGAGGCAGGAGGUGUUGAUGCUCGUAACAAACUCCCUGAAGAACGAUCUGAACGCGCGAAACCAGUACAUUGUGGGCCUGGCAUUGUGCGCACUAGGCAACAUCUGCUCGGCGGAGAUGGCUCGGGACCUGACGCCAGAGAUCGAGCGCCUGCUGCAGAGCAGCAACUCCUACAUCAGGAAAAAGGCCGCCCUGUGCUGCACACGGAUCAUCCGCAAGGUGCCGGACGCAGUGGAGGCAUUCCAGGACGCUGCAGCCAAGCUGCUGGCCGACAGGCACCACGGCGUCCUCCUCACAGGCGUAACGCUGAUGCUGGAGAUCUGCGCUGUGGAGCCUGCGGCUGUGGAUGCGUACCGGCGGCAGGUGCCGUCGCUGUGCAAGAUCCUGCGCAGCCUGCUCAUGAGCGGGUUUGCGCCGGAGCACGAUGUCAGCGGCAUCACCGACCCCUUCCUGCAGAUCCAGGUGCUGCGGCUGCUGCGGGUGCUGGGCGCGGGCAAUGCGGCGGCCAGCGAUGCGAUGAGCGACAUCCUGGCGCAGGUGGCGACCAACACGGAGGGAACGCGCAACGCUGGCAAUGCCAUCCUCUACGAGUGCGUCCAGACCAUCAUGGGCGUCGAGUCCUCCGGCGGCCUCCGCGUCCUCGCCAUUAACAUCCUUGGCCGGUUUCUGGCGAACAAGGACAACAACAUUCUGUACGUGGCGCUGAAUAUUCUGGCACGAGUGGUGAGCGUGGAUCUGCAGGCCGUGCAGCGCCACCGCUCCACCGUCGUCGAAUGCGUCAAGGACGCUGACGUGUCCAUCCGCAGGAGGGCGCUGGACCUGGUGUAUGCGCUGGUGAACGAGGGCAACAUAACAGCGCUGACUAAGGAGCUGCUGGAUUACCUCAAGGUGGCCGACGCCGAGUUCAAGCCCGACCUCACCGCCAAGAUCGCAGCGCUCGUGCAGCGCUUCGCCCCCGACAAGAGAUGGCACUUUGACUCCCUCCUACAGGCGCGCUGCGCGCUCCUUUUGGCGCCGCAUUGCUUUCCCUUGCAGGGAUCCUGGGUGGACUCAGUGCUAGGCCCAGUGAUGACUCAGGCGGGCGGCGACGUGAAGGAGGAGGUCUGGCGUGCGUUCAUAGUGCUGCUGACCAACGCACCUGAGCUGCACGCGUACGCGGCACGCAGCCUGUUCCGCAGCCUGCGAGAGCACCUGGCAUCGGCCGAGCUCAGCCUGCUCGCCACCGCCACCUGGUACAUCGGCGAGUAUGGGGAGCUGCUGGUAAGGGGAGGUGCCUUACUGGAGAGGGAGGAUGCGCUGUCAGUGGGGCCGGCCGAGGUGGUGGGCUUGUUAGAGGCGGUGCUGCAGCGGCCGGGGCUGCAGCCGCAGUGCCGCAACUACUUGCUCACCGCGCUCAUGAAGCUCUCCACGCGCUUCCCCGACCAGGCCGACCGCAUCAAGGGGCUGCUGGCGCAGCACAAGGGCAGCGCGCAGCUGGAGUCGCAGGCGCGCGCGGUGGAGUACGGGCAGAUCUUCCAGUACGGCGAACUACGGAACCAGCUGCUGGAGCAUAUGCCCCCGCUCGACCCCGCCGCCUACGCGCGCUCCGUCGCCGCUGCCGGCACCCUCAACUCUGCCCCCCCCACCCUGGCCCCCACAAAUGGCAACGUGGUGAAGGACCUGCUGAGCCUCGACGACGACGAUGACAUCACGCCGGCCCCAUCGGCCCAGGCCUCUUUCGCCGAUGAUCUGCUGGGCCUCUCGGCAGCGCCGGCUGCCGCGCCCGGCGGGACGGUUGCACAGGCCGCCUCGCCGCUCGACCUGCUCAGCCUUCUGGAUGAUCCUGCCCCCGUUGCAUCGACCUCCGGCGCAGCGUCGCAGCCACCGCCGGAUCUGUUUGGUCUCGGGGACGCGCAGGCGCCGGCCGCGGCGGCCGCCUCAGACCCACUGGCCGACCUCGGCUUUGGCGCGCCGGCCGCGCCAGCUGCCGCCCCGGCCUUCCAGCCGAUCACGGUGUUUGACAAGGACGGCGUGCGCGUCGGCUUUGCCUUCACCAAACCUCCUGGGCAGCCAGGCCUCACAGACAUCAGCGCAAUCUUCUCCAACUCCGGCGCUGCCCCUGCAGCGGUGCCAAAGUUUAUGCAGCUGAAGCUGGACUCAGCCUCCGGCUCCACGCUGCCGCCAAUGGGCGGAGGCAACGCCACGCAACAGCUGCACGUCAACAACAGCAUGCACGGCCAGAAACCGCUGGUCAUGCGUCUGCGCAUUGCGUACACUCUUGGUGGCGAGAACAAACUUGAGCAGGUGGAGGUCAAGAACUUCCCUGCCGGCUUGUGAUCAGCAGUCCGAUCGCAGGCUAUUGCAGCAGUGCUCUUGGUGAGAGGAGUUUUCUACUGUGCUCUUUGGCCAUUUCCAGCACCGUAAAACGUUUUCUUUGUGGGUUUAGAAACUCAAUCUCAGUAAAACGAUCUUGGAGUGCGGUGCGUUGUAAUUUCUGGUCGUCUAUUGGGGAUUUUAUCCUUGCCAGAUAGAAUGUAAUACAACGAGGG